AUGCUCCCCUCCCUGCUAUGGUUCCUCUCCUACCUUCCCUGCUGUGGUUCCUCUGCUCCUCUCCCUACUGUGGUUCUUCUCCUCCCCUCCCUGCUGUGGUUCCCCUGCUCCCCUCCCUGCUGUGACUCCUCUCCUCCCUUCCCUGUUGUGGUUCACCUGCUCCCUUCCCUGCUGUGGUUCCUCUCCUCCCUUCCCUGCUGUGGUUCCCCUGCUCCUCUCCCUGCUGUGGUUCCUCUCCUCCCCUCCCUGCUGUGGUUCCUCUCCUCCCCUCCAUGCUGUGGUUCCUCUCCUCCCUUCCCUGCUGUGGUUCCCACGCUCCCCUCCCUGCUAUGGUUCCUCUCCUCCCUUCCCUGCUGUGGUUCCCCUGCUCCUCUCCCUGCUGUGGUUCCUCUCCUCCCCUCCCUUCUGUGGUUCCUCUCCUCCCCUCCAUGCUGUGGUUCCUCUCCUCCCUUCCCUGCUGUGGUUCCCACGCUCCCCUCCCUGCUAUGGUUCCUCUCCUCCCUUCCCUGCUGUGGUUCCCCUGCUCCUCUCCCUGCUGUGGUUCCUCUCCUCCCCUCCCUGCUGUGGUUCCUCUCCUCCCCUCCAUGCUGUGGUUCCUCUCCUCCCUUCCCUGCUGUGGUUCCCACGCUCCCCUCCCUGCUAUGGUUCCUCUCCUCCCUUCCCAACUGUGGUUCACCUGCUCCCUUCCCUGCUGUGGUUCCUCUCCUCCCUUCCCUGCUGUGGUUCCCCUGCUCCUCUCCCUGCUGUGGUUCCUCUCCUCCCCUCCCUGCUGUGGUUCCUCUCCUCCCCUCCAUGCUGUGGUUCCUCUCCUCCCUUCCCUGCUGUGGUUCCCACGCUCCCCUCCCUGCUAUGGUUCCUCUCCUCCCUUCCCUGCUGUGGUUCCCCUGCUCCUCUCCCUGCUGUGGUUCCUCUCCUCCCCUCCCUGCUGUGGUUCCUCUCCUCCCCUCCAUGCUGUGGUUCCUCUCCUCCCUUCCCUGCUGUGGUUCCCACGCUCCCCUCCCUGCUAUGGUUCCUCUCCUCCCUUCCCUGCUGUGGUUCCCCUGCUCCUCUCCUUGCUGUGGUUCCUCUCCUCCCCUCCCUGCUAUGGUUCCCCUGCUCCCCUCCCUUCCCUGCUGUGGUUCACCUGCUCCAUUCCCUGCUGUGGUUCCUCUCCUCCCCUCCCUGCUGUGGUUCCCCUGCUCCCCUCCCUGCUGUCACUCCUCUCCUCCCUUCCCUGCUGUGGUUCACCUGCUCCCUUCCCUGCUGUGGUUCCUCUCCUCCCUUCCCUGCUGUGGUUCCCCUGCUCCUCUCCCUGCUGUGGUUCCUCUCCUCCCCUCCCUGCUGUGCUCGGAGCACUGCAAUUCCACCAUUCAUCUCCUCUAG